AUGCGCAGUUCAAGCCUUCUCGGUGUGCUCUUGCCUGCAUGGGUUGCGGCACAAAAUUUGUCCUUGCAGCAUCCGGAACUCUUCUCGCUGCAUUGGCGAAUGCUAGAGCAGAAUUCCACCUCGGGCUUCGAGACGCCGAUGGUAGACUUUUUGUCGGGGUAUCUGGAAGAUAAAGGCCUUACUGUAGAAUUGCAGCCUGUGCAGAAUCCAAUUCUUGCGUACAACGUCCGCAGGCAGAAUAUUCUCGCGUACAUCGGAUCUAACAGAACAUGCCGGUUGAUCCUCAACUCCCACACUGACGUAGUUCCACCGUACUUCCCUCCCCACGACAACGACACCGACGUCUUUGGCCGUGGAGCCAACGACGCGAAAGGCUCCAUAGCCUGUCAGGUGACCGCAUUUCUCGAAUUGAAGGACGCAGGCGUGAUCAAAGAGGGUGACGUUUGCUUGAUGUACGACGUAGGCGAGGAACAGUAUGGCGAUGGGAUGCGGACCUUUGUCGAUUCGCUCACGUACACGCCUGAAUGGAUCCUCACAGGAGAGCCCACCGAGUCGUUCCAGGCGACGGGCCACAAGGGAUCGAUAAACAUCAAUGUGACAGCGAUCGGAGAUACGGCUCAUUCGUCAGUGCCGCAGUAUGGCCGCAACGCGAUUUUGGAGCUGAUGAAUUUUAUCCCGAGCCUGUUGAAUUUGACCAGCAUAUUCCCAUACGACGACUUCCACGGAAACACAACCCUCUCUCUAUCUUCCAUCAAGGGCGGCACCAUCUCCAACCAAGUCGCAGACCGCGCCGAAGCCAUAGUCAACUCCCGCGUCAGCGUUCCCGCAAAGGAGAUUUGGGACAUUAUAACGGAGCAAGUGGGUAAUGUGUCGAACAUCAUUCUGUCCCGAGUCUCCGCGUCUUCUAAUCCUCUGGCUAUGGAUGUCAUCGAAGGCUGGCUGCCCAAGAAGAUAAUGCCGUAUGGGACAGAUCUUGGGGCGUGGACCGUCAACAACACCAAGUUGUUGCUAGGCGUUGGCUCAAUCGCUACCGCGCACUCUGCUCAUGAAGUUGUGUCGAAGCAAGAGAUGAUUGACAUGGUUGGUCAUUACAAGGAGUUCGUGCAGGGUAUCCUCAAUGGUACGCUAGUGCCCAUUCGCAACGGCACUUUCCCGUCAAGCUACCCUUUGGAGACCAACACUAGCAACUUGACCAAGCGAGAGAUCGCGAUGCAAGACUACGAGGCUCGACGGUAUGGUGGAUGCAUGCAUUAACGAAGAAGUGGAGCUCCUACAGCGUCGUACUGUCAUCGUGCAUCUUGUUAGAACCGAAGCCUGUACGUAAGCUAUUCAAUUGUCCACAACGUGUGUCGUGUCAAGCUAUUGGUGUCUUGUGUGCAGGGGAUUUUGUGCUGAAGUGGACAGUAACACUCCACAGUGGAUUGCUGAGGGCCGAUCUGAACAGCUUGUAAUCAGCCCGAGGAGGACCUAAGACUGGGAAAGAACCCCUUCGUCCAUCUUUCAAUCGCAUACUUUUUCGUACAUCCAAAGCCGCCAAAAGAUGGACGACACAGUGGCGCGACAGCAGUCUGGUAAAGCCUUGAUGCGUGAAAGCAGCCGCUGAUGCACUGGACUAUCAAUCAUUCGUCCUUCAAUUGCCUUUCCCUUCUGGCUCUGGCACGUAGAAAGAACCGCACUGAAAAGCGAUCGCGGAUGCAAACGCAUC